AUGUCGUCAAAAGAGAGUAUAUCUGCGCUUAUCUUACUUGGACUACUUACGGCUGCUGUCAAGGCCCUGGAAUUAGCUGCUGUCAUCUAUUGUACUUUUGAGAAUGUUCAAGGCUCCAUGAUCGAUUGCCAAUAUCCUGAUGGAUACAUUUCCAGCGAAAAUUUCAAGCUCAUUGCUCAUGCUGUAAUUCCCCGUGCCGAUUUAACCGACCAGCCAAUUAUCAUUGCUGAAUUUGAGCAUUUCAUCAUUGGUUUUCCCCAGCGCAUCGAGGGAACUCGGUAUUCGAGAAACACUCUUCUUUUUAAUCUGUGCUUCGUCGUUCGUUCGCGUGAGUUCCAGUUGCAGCAUUAUGAUCUUACCGGUCAGGAUUUUCCUCUCCAUUAUGAAGACAUUCACAGUGGACUUCAGCCCGCUCUACAAUCGGCCUAUGAACUUACCGUACGGAAGAUUAAUCGGUAUUUGGCGUACAUGGAGGAGGAAAACGCUGCGUUAUCACAGGAUACUUUCAAGCAGACGGUAGAUGGGGGUAAUGAAACACUGAUCCACCGAUUUCUUCGCCAAAUUUUUACCGAUCUACGAGAAAAGGGGCUUUGUGUAACCAGCUUAGGAGAUGAUUUGCCUCCGCUUUACCUCAUUUUCGCCCCACGAGCAGUGAACAACUCAGUGUCGAGCUGUUCCAUCCCCACCGAGGCUGAAUUGGCCACUGGGGAGCCGUGUAGCUGCAUCGAUGGAGCAACGGAGGAGGCGGAAGAAGACACCGAGGCACUAUUGGGACGCACUGAUGUUUGGUCGCGGGUGCCAUCGGUUCUCGAGGACAGCACUGCCGCCGUCACCGAUGCCACCAUUUUCGUACGAGUCCGCCCCAUUUUUACUUCCCUUGGCAACCAUGUGGUCUACGUGCUGGAGCCGCAUGACGACGAUAACCUCUUCUCUUCCUUCUGGGAGGCGCGAGACCUCGUUUCUAGCCGCCUCUUGCCUCUGGUCAACGGCCAACGCACUGUUGCGCAGGUCGCUGGUCUGGCCAACGUGGACCGGAGCAUUGCGCGACUCUGUCUUACUCAACUAGCUCAGCUGGGUGUAGUCCACAUUGUCUCGGCACCCGUCUUCUUUCGCUCCACUGUCACGGGCAGCAGUAUCUGUUCCGACGUGACAGAACUCUUUGCUGUACCUGGAUAUGUGGGACUACCAAGGCUUCUACGUCUGACUGUUGAUGCCAAGCUGAGGGAUGCCUGUUUUGAAUCUGUGCUAUCGUUAGCGACUAAACGCCGACGCCUCCAUAUCACCGACCCAGAGGGCCUAAUUUUGAAAAUUCUCCAGGUCUACUCCAAACUCUGCGCCCCACCCUACCUCAAUCUUGCCUUCCUCCUCGCUUCUACCCAAUCUUUCAUAGAUCUUCAACUUCCUCCACGCUUUCAUUCGUAUGAAAACAGAAGCGCUACCCUACCUUGCGUCAACCUCCUUCGUCUAGUCCAGUUUGGAGAGGUGAAUAACCUCAUUCACCGCCUGCAUUGCUACCCGGUUAGUGAGGUACUCUCACCCAUGGCUUCCAACGAGACCUCUGGUUUGGAGACGCGAACGUGGAACCUCUUGCGGGAUCAAAUGAUGGACGGGGUACAAUCGGUGGAUGAGCUGGUCUACGAAGCUUCUGCUUGGGCUGUCAAGUCCUCUUCUCUGACACCAACGAAUCGUUCCAACGGUGGACAUUUCGGCGAAGAUGGGCAGACAUUCACCACGACGACAACAACCCUCCCGGAGGCUGUCGUAUCGUUCACGGCGAAAUUAUUGAAAGAGAAGGCGGAAACAGAUAGUAAUGGCGUCGAGAUGAGUUAUAGCACGGUCUUAUCGGAGGCAAACCGGACGGAGGGCUCGUCACCGGAGCAUGAGAGCGUGACAUUUUUGAAGGCUUGUAUGCAGGAAUUUCAUCAUACGAUACCCUCUAGCUAUUUACACGAGCUGGAAGACGUGAAUGCGGUAAAAGAGUAUUUCCUAAAGGAUGUUGAACCGGAAGACAAAUUAGUUGCAAUGCUUGAAGAGCAUUCAAGACUAUCCAACUUGCCCCCCAACCUUGUUAUACAGGUUGAUCCUAUCCGUUACAACCCUGAUGACAAAUCCUUCUUUCCCACUACAGCAUUUCCCGGCAGAUCCACAAUUGUCAGUGGGUUGGAUACCAGUAAGAAGUACCCGUCCUAUAAAGCCCCAAAAAAUAGACGACUCUGGAUCGAUGCGGAGGACUUGGCGUAA